GUCCGGUCCUGGCUGCGGGUGUUCAGCGCCGCGUACUUCGUUCAAGACUGAAGCUCGAGGAAGUCUCCACUUGGUUGAAAUUGGGGCAGAAUUUCCCAAACUUCCCUUCGGGGGAAAAUAACGGCGGACGAGAUGAAAUUCUCAGCGUAUGUGCCGCCAUUUAUUUGAAGUUUCUUAUUUUGCCUUAAAAGUGAGGAGUUUUGCAUAUUAUUUUUAUGACAUUGUUUUCUUGAAAAUGUUUAAGCCACCGGGUAAAUUAGUACACCCACUUCGGUGAACUAGGUUUUUUUUCUAGUGGCUUCAAUGCCUUUUCACCCCAUUCCCACGCUUUGUUGCUUUGGAACAGAAUCUCUUUGAGAUACGGAAGAACCGAAUUCUGACCACUGUCACUUAGUACCUAAACUACGUUUAAGCUUUAAGGUUUUGACAACUUAGCAUGAGCCCAAGCCUCUAAUCUUGUUGAGUAGUUUUCAUGAUUGACUUGCCCUUGUCUGAUCUACUGUUGGCGGUCUUCAAUUGCAUUGACUUGGCGGCUGGAUUGGUCAUGCAUAAAAAUUGUAAUAGUUCUAAGUCACUUACGCUUUGAGUUGGUGUUUGCAGUGGUCGUUUUCCCAUUAUCAUUCUAAAAAGUGAUUGGACACUUAAAGAAGAUUAUUUGAAGACUGCUUUUGGAAUCAAAUAGUAUGGAUCCCAGCACCGAUUACCAUUUCCUCAAUCAGAUUUUGUGGAGAAGGGUGAAACUCACAUUAGUUUGUGGCACCUUUGAGGGAGUACUCCAGCAUGUGGACCCUAACAAGAUUGUUGUCCUGAAGAAAGUGAAGAAUGUGGAGACUGGUCGAAGUGUUCCAGGAGUGAAGAUGUUUUUUGGGCAUGAGAUUGUGAACGUGGAAAUGCUGGAUGAAGUGGAACAAGGUGCAGAAGGAGAAAAGGCAUCUUCUGUUAGUCUAAACACAGAAAGAACCAGGAUGGAUAAAAUUAAAGGUGAAGAUCUAAACAUAUGUGAGCCUCUUCCUGCCCCUGAGUCACCAACCACCUCUCUGCAGAAUGACCUCAAGUAUAGCCCAUUAGAGGAAGAGGAGGUGACUUACACAGUCAUUGAUCAGUUCCAGCAGAAGUUUGGUGCUGCAAUGUUCCACAUUAAGAAGCAGAGUGUCCUGAGUGUGGCAACAGAAGGUGCUAAUUUGUGUCGUCAUGGGAAGCUAUGUUGGCUUCAGGUAGCCACAAAUAGCCGAGUUUACUUAUUUGACAUUUUCGUUCUGGGAAGUCGUGCUUUCAACAAUGGACUUCAGAUGAUAUUAGAAGACAAGAGAAUUUUGAAGGUUAUCCAUGAUUGUCGUUGGCUUUCUGAUUGCCUCUCCCAUCAGUAUGGAAUUUUGCUGAAUAAUGUCUUUGACACACAGGUAGCAGAUGUCCUUCAAUUUUCCAUGGAAACAGGUGGCUUUCUUCCAAAUUGCAUCAGUUCUUUACAGGAGACUUUAAUCAGACACCUUAAGGUAGCCCCUAAAUAUCUCUCCUUUCUGGAACAGAGACAAAAAUUGAUUCAGGAAAAUCCAGAAGUAUGGUUCACACGACCUCUUUCACCCUCUUUACUGAAAAUUUUGGCCCUAGAGGCUACCUACCUACUACCCCUUCGUUCCGUACUCCUGGAUGAGCUGAUGUCUGACCUAACCACCCUUGUGGACGGUUAUCUAAACACCUAUCGAGAAGGGUCUGCAGAUCGCCUGGGAGGCACGGAGCCUACAUGUAUGGAGCUUCCAGAAGAACUUCUUCAACUCAAGGAUUUCCAGAAGCAGCGCAGAGAGAGAGCUUCAAAAGAAUAUAGGGUGAAUGCACAGGGACUCCUAAUAAGGACAGUGAUACCUCCAAAGAAGUCAGUGCCACGGACAGCAGGGAAACAGAGAAAAGUAGGGAUUUCCUUACUUUGUAAAAAUUUUGUACUAGAUGAAAAUCAACAUGUAAAUUUGCUGAAAGAACAAUCUAAGAAUAAACAAACCUCAACAGAAACUCAAAAUCUACCUCCCAUGAAGGAAGAAACCAGCGAGGAUUCUAUCAACAAACUCAUUUGCCCUGAGUCAGAGAGGCUAGAGGACCAGAGAAUAGCUCAAAAAGAACACAGUAAGAUAUGCAAACAGGAGUUUCAGACAAGUUUAUCUUUGAAAGAGGAGAUAGAACAAUUACUGAUAGUGCAAAACCAGGAAGCUCUAAAAUGCCCAAAACAAGACAUUUCAGUGUCUCCUUCCCUUCCUCAGGAAACCAGAGAGUCUCCAAGUGACACCUUUCAUCCUUUUAGAAAAGCUGUGCUUCCCACACUUCCUCCCUGUCCAGCCUUGGAGAAAACUGAUUCUUGGAUAAAUCCCUCUCCAGAUCUGUCUUAGAAAUGUGCAAUUUGUUUUUGAGACUGUGGAGGUGGCUCACUUCCUCUACCAAUAGGACCUUCUUCAGUGCUUAAGUUUAUCGUGUUGGAAGUUGUUUUGCCUCAGUCAUGAAGGAAGGAAGGCCUCAGGGAAAAUGAUAUUCUCAUGCUGACUCCUAUGCCUAGCUUUGAUUAGAAUGGGAAUGAAUAAGUUAAAUAUUGGAAGAAGUACAUUUUUUAUUAUGUCACUGUGGAAAUAUUCCCAGUGGUCAGAGCAAAUUAUUUCUCAUAAUUUGGGUUUAGAGGAUUUGAGGAGGGGAAAAAAUCUUGGGCCUAGUAUCUGGAAGCAUAUGCUUAAAAAAAUUUUUUUUUUUUUAUAAUU